CCCCGCCCCGCAGAGGCGGCGGAACCCGGAAGCAGGCGGUGCUUCUGCCAGAGCCGUUUCCUGCCCGGGACGCAGCGGCCAGGGCGGGAGCGGAGCCGAGCCGAGCCGAGCGGAGCCAUGGCUCACCAGACCGGCAUCCACGCCACCCCAGAGUUAAAGGACUUUUUUGCCAAGGCCCGGAAUGGCUCGGUUCGUCUCAUCAAAGUCGUCAUUGAGGAUGAGCAGCUAGUGCUGGGAGCCUACAAAGAACUGUCUCGCCAUUGGGAUAAAGACUAUGACUCCUUCGUGCUGCCGCUGCUGGAUGAACAACAGCCAUGUUAUAUCCUCUACCGGCUGGAUACCCAGAAUGCACAGGGCUUUGAGUGGCUCUUCAUCUCCUGGUCCCCUGACAGUUCUCCUGUUAGGCUGAAGAUGCUGUAUGCAGCGACCCGAGCAACAGUGAAAAAAGAAUUUGGAGGAGGACACAUAAAAGAUGAGCUGUUUGGAACAGUUAAGGAAGACAUCUCACUAAGCGGCUACCAGAAGCAUGUGUCGGCCUGCUCUGCCCCAGCCCCGCUGACUGCAGCUGAACAGGAGCUCCAGCAAAUCCGCAUCAAUGAGGAUAAAGUUGCCCAGGUGAAGACCGAGAUCAGUGUGGAGAGUAAACACCAGACUCUGCAGGGCCUGGCUUUCCCACUGCAGCCUGAUGCGCAGCAGGCCAUCCAGUUGUUAAAGCAGAAGAAAAUUAAUUACAUCCAGCUGAAACUGGAUCUCGAGCGGGAGACUAUAGACCUGGUCCAUACAAAUGCCACAGAGCUAGCAGACCUCCCCAAAAGGAUCCCCCAGGACUCCGGUCGCUAUCAUUUCUUCCUGUACAAGCACUCUCAUGAGGGAGACUACCUGGAGUCUGUGGUGUUCAUCUAUUCCAUGCCUGGGUACAAGUGCGGCAUUAAGGAGCGUAUGCUGUACUCCAGCUGCAAGAGCCGGCUGCUCGACACUGUGGAGCAGGAGUUCUCCCUGGAGAUUAUAAAGAAGAUCGAGAUUGACGAUGGAGCCGAGCUGACUGCAGAGUUCCUGUAUGACGAGGUCCACCCCAAGCAGCACGCCUUCAAGCAGGCGUUCGCCAAGCCCAAGGGCCCCGUGGGGAAACGGGGACAGAAGCGACUGAUCAAAGGGCCGGGGGAGAACGGCGAGGACAGUUAGAUCCCAAAGGGCAGGAAGCCGGGUCAGGAAUAGGCCUGUGAACUUCCGAUGGCGCCCAGAAGGGCCGUUUCCACAGGAUCCACGUCUCCACUUCCGAGCCUGCCCGCUGAGCCCGGAGAGGCUUUCCCUCCCUCUCUUCUUUAGUAAAAUCAUCAACACCUGGCUUCAUUUGGCGGGGGGGGGGGGGGGGGGAAGUGUCAAAGAAUCUGGGGCAGGGGAGGGAUCUGUGCGUGUUUUUAUUUUCUCUUCCCCCUCGCUCUUUUGUUGUGUAAUUCCUGAGCAGAAUGGUUGUUCUAGUCUGAAAUGAGAUUUAAACUGAUGCUCUUGCGACUUCACCUGCCUUGUGACCUGGUUUACCUGGUGCCUGCACUGACUGAAGGGCUCACUUACCAAUAAGCCGUGUUAUGCAGUGGCCUUGGAAUGAAAUCCUGGUUGGGGUUGAUCUGAUGGUGAAAGCCAAAGACUUUCCCCCUCCCCUUGAAUGUGUUGCUACAGACCUCCGCUAUCUGUGUCCAAGUCCCUAAAUCUUGACAACUCCCCUCUAUGGAACGGUCUCCUCAGCUAGCCAGUGCCCUGGUACAUACAUGCCAGACGGCUGCCUCCGCAAGGAAGGGGGCCAGCAGCUCUGCUGGCAUGUGGGAUCUGGGGAGCAUGGGGCAGGAACGCUGCCCUGGCAUUCCCAACCACAGCAGGGUAACUUGACCCUGAGGCUGGCAGGCUUGGCACUCAACGGGCAAGUGGUCUGUGAUCAGUGACCUCUCCCCACCCCACCUCCCCAAGAGCAAGGGCAUGCUGCCUAGGUGAGUGAAAGCCAGGCAGUUCCUCACCUCUGGGCGGAAAGGCAGUGGCUUUUGGAGAGCUCUUCUGUGUAUUUCACAGUCCAUGGUUUGGCUCGGAUUUGUGUAUCCAGGUGUGAAGGCUCCUCUAGUCACCUCCAUUUCCACCCAUUGGCUUCUCUGGCUUACAGAGCAGCCCAGGAGAAGCCCUAGGUCUGUGGCACUGGAUUCUGAUCUACUAAAGGAAUUUCAAGCUGUAUCCUACCUGUGAUGUGUGAAAUUCUCUGGCAGGCAGUUAAACCAGGUGCUGUUUUCCCUUUGUCUCAGGUUUGCUUCAUGACAGCUGAGUUGAGAGGACAAGGGAGGUUAGCCCUGAGCCAUCAACUCCUGCUGGCAGCUCUUCUUUGCCUGGGAUUUGAUCCUCUCUCAGCUCCAGCCACCUCCCUAGAUCAUGGGUCCAGUGGAUCUGAACGCAGGCAGAUCCACUGGACCCAUGAUCUCCAGUACCUGGCUCUGGGUUGCCUCACCAUAUUGCACUGGUGCAGGAACGCAUCUCGUGACACUCACUCCCAGCCCUACGGAUGCAUUACUAUCCUGCCCUGACUCACCAAGAUCCACACCUGAACCUCUGACACACAUUCAGUCCUGAAUCCACCAUCCAAAGCCACAGGGACUUCUGAACAUAGGGUAGCAACCCACAGCCAACCAGGUGUGCGUUGUGCAUCCCAGUCAACCUAUAACAUCAUUCAUCCUCACACGAUUGUUUAACCCUUCAGUAUGCCCUGCAGUUGCAUCCCCAUCCUUCAUUCCAGCGCUGCACUCAUCUACCAGGGCAGUGGGGAUAGCCACUUCUAGCUGUGGGCUACAAUACACGGUCACAUUGAUCAUUAAGGGUGCGGCUUUGCUGGUUUGGGAGAACAUUAACAUCAGCAGGUUUAUCUGUUGCAUUCUGCACUCUGGUUAACAGGGCUGUCCGUUCACCCUGACCAGGAAUGCUUGGUGCCUGAAAAAGACUGUUGUAGAUCCACUUAAACCAGGUUGGGCAAAGAGGUGUCUAUGUAAGAAUGUUUCCCAGGGACAGAGGUGAGAGCUGUGGCCCACAAGGAAAGGUGAGGUGAGCUGUGGUGGUGAUAGGGAAGGAGGAAGGAACAUGUGUUGUCCAGGCCCACAUGCAUUAGAGCAUCAGGACCGCUGCUGCGAAAGGGGGAAAGUUGUGGCUUUUGAAAAUCCACCUAGUAGAUGUUUGUUCCAGUGGGUCACAGUAUUUAAUGCACACGACAUUCCAGCUCCUGGGCAGCCUCUGACUUGUACCACAUCCGAGGGCACUCAGCCUUCUCUAUUCAGUAGAACUGUGUGGUGUUCCAUUAGACUCGAAGCCAUUGUUUGUUUUGUUCUCUUGGCUGCCAUGGAAACUUUGAAGGAGGUGUCAGCCAGGUUGAUUUUCUGCAUCAGGGAUCGUCCCAAUCCCUGAGCAGAAAGAGUCUGGAUUGAGGUCAACUCGUCCCUUCCAGGCAGGAAAUGGUGGUGACCUGGUCUACAGUGCAAGACAGGGAGGUGGUGAGGAAGGGAUUUUACCAGCCCCCGGCUCAGCCCAUCUGUCUCCUUGUUGUGAGGUUUUCAGCAGUCCUUUAGCCCCCAAGAAUUUGGCUGUUGGCCUUACUGCCUGGAACUGAUCAUGGCAGUGCUGGGGCAGCCGACUUCCUGAUGCCCGUCAGCAGGUUAGGGGUAAGUCUUGACCUGGCAGGAGACAUAGGUAAUCAUUGCCAGGGACUGUAGCUUAGAGGCCUUGCUUACCUUCCCUAGCACAGACUAUCCAACAGGUCCCAGUCUGAGCUGGGUUUUCAUCACCCUGGCUUUUCAGUAGAACUCUUGCGUUUCCUGCCAAUAGUAAUGGGAACUGGUCAGCGGGAUUCUCUUGUGACCAAACCAUGAAAUAUCCAGCCAUGUGGGGGAGUGAGGGGGGAAAGUAUCCCUUCCUCCCCACUCUCUAGAUGUCAAUGGCUUUACAGACUUGGACACUUGCUUUCUUCGUGGAGUGAUGUAAUUGCAUCUUCUGUGGCUCCUAUUCUAAUUGCACAGCCAUUGCUGACAUUUCUGGAUGUUGCUGAACUGUCUGACCAUCUGUACCUUAGCACUGUACCUGUGGGAAAGUUAUGUGAAAGGGUCCACAUACGGGGUGGGUAUCCUAUGCAUGCAAGGACCUAUUCCACCUAUGUUUUAUAUUGUGCUGUGGGACACUAACACCUGCCGGGGCAUCCCUCUGCCACGGUGAGAUCCAGUGAAUAAGUGAUCUGUAUUAGUUUUGUCGAGGCAGAGGGUUAAUUUGUCAUGCUGGUGCCUCAUGUUAUCCCAUUCCAUCAGGAAUGUGUGCACAGUCCACUUUUCAGGAGCGUAUAAUAGGCCAGGACAGCAAGUGCUGGAACAGUUGUGUUAGGAGAGUUCUAGUCUCUUUCCCUGGGCGAGGAAUUAUUUCUGCAUCCUCAUCUGGGCAUGGAGGGUUCAUGGAAAGUGUUUGAUUACAUGCUGCUGGCCACCCUUGAUCCCAGGAAAAGACAUGGAGACCUGGUCAUCUUGUAGGCAUUAAGUAUAUCUGGGGAGGUGGUAGCUGUUGUCCUAUUCGCUGACUUCCAUCUCCGAAGUCUCUCCCCCAUUUAGAAAAAAGUUAAUCCAGUUUAGAAAAGUCUACAAUGUAAACUAGGUCACCCACUGUCUCUAGACCAUAUGUUAUUUGGGCUCGUCAGUUAGUUUUGAUCCCACUGUUGUGCUCUAUUGAUGUAUAUUAAUGGCGAAGGUCCAGUUGAUAGUCUCCUAAUACACAAUCAAAUGUAGCUAUAGGACCUAUCAGAACUUCAGUAAAGGAAGAGAAAAUCCAUAACCGGCAUUAGUACUUUCCCCUCCUCGCCCCACUUAUUCCAUAAAGUAACCCCAUGCUUAAGGCAAAUUCUGGUCCUGGAGUAGCUGGAAUCAUGUGGGAUGAAGGGGUAGUCAUGUAGCCACUUUUCUCCCCACCCUAAAUUUGUGCCUGGGGUGGAGUUGGUGACUCUGACCACCAGAUGUUUGGGAAUGAUGUCUGGCAGGCCUUGGGCAUGGAGAGUGGCUGGGAUCUUCGGAGGCUCAUUGAGGAACUUAAAGGAGGCAUGUAGCCUGAAGAUCAUCUGCCACUUCCCCAAUGGGGCUGUCUGCAGUAGUUCUCUCCCUCACCCCCAUUUCCUUUGGUGAGUUGGAGGAAGGACCACCUAUCCCCACUCUGCCCUCAAGUUGCUUUUUUUAGGGAGGGCACAUUGAUGGACCUGUCCUGAGUUCCCUGGGCUACUGUGUAGAUGUUACAGCAGCCUGGGAGUCACAUUCUCUGGUCCUUCCCUAAAGAGAAGGUUGGGGGAGAGAAUGCGACCACAGAGCUCGUUGCAUGAACUCUGCCCUCUGAAUAGUUCCAUCAGUCCCUACCAUGGGGCAGCUCUGUAGCCCCUCUGAGUCCCCUUCUACACCAGCCUGAACAUUCUUGGGGUUAGCCAGGCCUACUCAGAGCUGGAGUGUGUGGGAGCAAUGGGCUAAGGUGCCCAUUCCUCCUGCUAGGACACUAUCGGGCCGGCUUCUGUCCUGUGGACACCAAAUCUACAAAGACCUGGUCUCCAGUCUGUCCUGGGAGUCGCAUAGGCCAUCCAAAUGUUGCCGAAUGGUGAAAGCCAAGGAAAUUCUUGGUACAACCAGCACCAAAUGGAAUUGAUUUUGAUCUGGGGCCUAUCUCAGCUGCCGACUGCAUGGUUAAGGGUGGUUGGACAUGAGCCGCCUCCGUAGGAGGAUGGGGGAUUUCUCGGGGCUCCCAGCAGCCCUCAAGUCCUCCAGUGCCUACCCAAACUCCAAAAGGCACACAUCAGUAGUACUGUGAGCUUGUCUACACUAAGGACUUUUAGGGGGGAAAUUCCCUACUGGUGCUAUCGGCCUCUACAACUGCAGCAGGGGCAGCCCUAGGCAAGACUCUGGCAGCUUCUGGAGAUUUUACCACUAUGUCAUGGUGAUAAAAUUGCCAGGUCAUGUGCUGGAAGUGGCCUUUGCCUUAUGUGCACAAGCGCUGCCGCUGCGCAGCUGAACCAGCGAUAGCUGCGUGGCAGACACAGCCUGUGCGGGAGAGGGGGAGCAGGCUGGGCCGCGGUCUGGGUUUGAGCUUGGGGCGAGGAAAAGCAGAACACACUGUAUUCAACACUGUAUUUUCUAAAGAAUAAAAUAUUUUUAAAACAA